AUGUUUGACAUUUUCAUUUAUCUUAGUCUAGGAGAUUUAUUUAAUAGUUUUUGGACACUCAAUAAUCGAUUCAAUAAUCUUCUUCUAUCAACUACCAAUCUGUCUCUUAUUACUUAUAAAAAUGACGAAUUAUUAUUCUCAUUAUUUGCAACAAAAAUAACUCGAUUAGUAAUCGCUUGUUAUUAUGAAAUAAUCGAUUUGAAAUAUUUUCCUCAUUUACAUUCUCUGACAUUACAUGGAGCCAAUAAUGCACAAUUAGCACAGAUUCAAUAUGAAAUCUUGCCUGAACUUGUCUAUCUGAACAUAUCAUCGCAUGAAUAUUUCUCAGAAUUGAUGCCAAUUGUUCAACAAGUGUUCUCGAAUAAAUUUUCAUAUCUUCGUUCGAUUGGUUUGGGCUAUUUUCGGACAUUCCGUCGUCGUCCAUCAUUUGUACAAACGUAUCUUCGUUCUAUUUCAAUUCUUUCUAACGAAUUAAAAGUGAUACCGCUCAUACUUGAUUAUUGUCCGUCUUUAUGUUACCUUCGAGUGUCUAUCAUUAAUGGAAUUUACAGUACUGUACUUCGUUCAGUACAGACUACCCAUCCACUCAAGAGAUUUCUCUUAUUAGAUCAAUCAAAUAAAGAAAGUUUUGAAAAUAUUAAUCAUGUUUUGACAUAUAUGCCAAAUCUUGAAUAUUUAUAUCUACAAUUUUUAUGUAAACAACCAUUGUCACAUUUGGCUCGUUCUCUCUCGAAUGAUGUUCGUCGUCUAUGUCGAUUCGAUUGUUAUAUUACAGAACCGAUUAUGAAUAAUCAAAUAAUUAGUUGUAAUUCGAUAAGAAAAUUACAUUCAUGUUUUAAUCGAAUUAAAAUUAGAAUAAAAAAUUAUGUGAAUCGAACAUAUAAAACGGAUUUUAUCGAAGAAUAA